CUUGUUUAUGGUUUGGUAAGUUAUCCGGAGGGGCGGUGAUACAUUAUAAAAUAUGGUAAAUUUCAAUCUUAAUGAAAGUGAUGAAAUAAAUCUUGUUCUUGUACUUGGCGACUUACACAUUCCUCACAGAUGUCACAGUUUACCUCUAAAGUUCAAGAAACUUCUCGUUCCUGGCAGAAUACAGCAUAUAUUAUGCACCGGUAAUUUGUGUACGAAAGAAUCAUAUGAUUAUUUGAAGACUUUAGCAAGUGAUGUGCAUGUUGUUAGAGGAGACUUUGAUGAGAAUCUCAAUUAUCCUGAACAAAAGGUGGUCACUGUCGGUCAGUUUCGAAUUGGACUCUGCCAUGGUCAUCAGGUUGUGCCGUGGGGUGAUCCAGACAGUUUGGCACUAGUACAGCGGCAGUUGGAUGUGGAUAUUCUAAUAUCUGGUCAUACACACAAAUUUGAAGCCUAUGAACAUGAAAACAAAUUCUUUAUAAAUCCGGGUUCUGCCACUGGUGCCUAUAAUCCUCUGGAUAGUGCUGUCAUUCCAUCCUUUGUCUUAAUGGACAUCCAGUCAGCUACAGUGGUGACAUAUGUGUAUCAGCUUGUUGGCGACGAUGUGAAGGUGGAGAGAAUUGAAUACAAGAAAGCAUGAUUAAAACUUUGAUGUGUAACUUUGGAACUGCAUUGCCAUUCAACCACACUAUUUGUGGUGUUUGUAUAUAAUACAUUAUUAAUUGUUGUAAUGAUUUCUUUUGUAAACUUAGAAGUAUAUAUUCAUCAAUAUUAAAUUUGUUUAAAUUGACUGUUAUAUGAAAUAUAUUACCAGUAUUUACA